AUGCCGCGCUCUUCCAGAGGAACAGGGCCCCAGACCAGCUUCCCCAGCGGUCCAUCAUUGGCGUCUCUCAAUCCAUUGCAGGCGGCAGCCUACAGCCAUCAAUCCACCCAUGUGCUCACACCAGAUCCGAAGACGCUGAAGCUCCCACCGCGCCCUCCUCCAGCCGGUGAGCUACCAGCACCCCUGGACUUUCUCACGCCGUCCAAGUUCAAAGGCGACUUCCCACUCUCGACCAACCGCAUUGAGAACUUCCCCCCCGCGCAAAUCGAGCAGGACGCCCUUCACACCCGCGUCGUCCUGCACCCGCGCAUGCCGCUCCUCCUGGACGCCUUCCUGCAGCACAAGCGCGCCAACGGCUCCGACCACGAGCAGGCCCUCUACAGCACCAUGACCUGGCCGCGGCUGGCCACGCGCAUGAUCGAGAAGCGGCCGCUCUGCUUCCUGCAGAGCAGCGACCUCACCCGCCUGCGCGACAACCGCUGGAUCGGCGCGAAGCACGCCGAGUGGGACCGCGUCGGCACGCCCGCCCAGCUCCUCAACCGCCACCUCACCCUCGACGCCUACCUCUCCUACGACGAGAUCAUGCUGUCCUCGCUGCUCGCCGCCUCCGGCCCCACCUUCUUCAUCAACAGCGGCAACCGCUUCAACCACGGCGUCCCGGCCGACGCCGGCGUCGCCCACGAGCCCCGCGGCGUCAUGGUCGGCGUCGUGGGCCCCCGCUUCGACCGCGCCGCCCAGCACGACUCGGCCAUCAUCUGCCGCCCGCCGCCGGCCGGCCAGCGCUCCGUCGGCGGCCGCAUGGACCCGGAGGUGCGCCGCAUGAUCCAGCAGUGGCUGCUUCCCGGCGUCGACGACGUCGACGCGCGCCCGGACGCGGCGGCGCGCUACCGGUUCGGCGACUUCGACGAGCACAUGUACAAGGCGCGGCUGCGCGUGUCGUUCGACGUGCUGCUGCUGGAGGCGGACGCGCGGGCGCGGGCCGCGGGCCGGGACGCGGUCGUGCACGUCGUCGGGCUGGGGCUCGGCGUGUGGCGCAAGCACGCAGCGCAGAACGGGUGGUACGUCGAGGCGUUUGCAGAGAGCCUGGCGGCGCUGGAGCUCGAGCGCGUGUCGGUCGUCGAGUUUGGCUGGAUCGACGGCGUGCCGCGCGAGACGGAGGAGGCGGUCGCGGAGGCGGCGGGCGCGAAGGGGAUCGCGGUGCGGUUCACGCAGGAGGAUCCGUGCAGGAAGCUGGUCGGCGGGGAUGAGGGGAAGCUGCUGGUUGUCACUUGGGCUUGGGAUGGCAAUUCCUACGUCGGGAAUGAGUAUUGGAACCAUAACUUGAGCUCCAGUGGCGAUCCCGCGGCCGUCUGCUUCUCCACCAUCGGGGAACUGAUGAACCCGGAUAUAAACCCCUUCGCGCAUAGAGUCAUGGUGGUUGGUGUGGGAAAUGAGGAGCAGUGA